GGUCACUGACUGUGCUGGGCGGGGUUUAAGUUGUUCCCCUCACUACUUUUCUCCAUUACUUACACGGGGAGCCAGGUAGGAAAGCGCAGCGCUGAGAGAAAAGGAUGACCCACACAGCGGCAGUAGGCCCUGCCUCUUGGGAACUUUGUGUUAAAGUGGAAGAGCAGAAUGGAGCUGAGCCCCAAGAUGUAAAGAUAAGAGUAUCCGGAGAUCUGCACAUUGGUGGGGUCAUGCUUCGACUUGUAGAAAAAAUCAGUGUAUCCAGAGAUUGGUCAGACUAUGCACUCUGGUGGGAACAAAAGAAUUGCUGGCUUCUAAAAACCCACUGGACCCUGGAUAAAUAUGGGGUACAAGCCAAUGCCAAGCUGUUUUUCACCCCUCAGCACAAGCUCCUGCGUCUCCGCCUGCCGAAUAUGAAACUGGUCAGGCUAAAAGUUAGUUUUUCAGCGGUGGUGUUCAAAGCUGUUGUCGAGAUCUGCAAAAUACUGAACAUCAGAAGACCUGAAGAACUGUCUCUGAUAAAACCCUCAGAUGAUUAUGUAAAGAAGAAAAAGAAAAAGGAAAAUAAAGACACUGUGCUAGAUGAAGUAAUAAAUUUGGAGAGCCCAAACAGUAAUUCUGGAUCCUUAGCAAGCCCGGGGUUAUACAGCAAAACCAUGACUCCCAUGUACGACCCCGUGAAUGGGACUCCCGCAUCUGCUACAAUUACGUGGUUUACUGAUAGCCCAUUGGCCGAGCAGAGUUGCAACAUCCUAGCAGCCAGCCAGCCAAACGCAUCUCUAGAAAUACUCGCACAGAUGUACCAGCCACGGACAUUGAUAGAUAAAACGAGGUUGAGUUCAGGGUGGUUGGAUUCCUCCAGAUCCCUAAUGGAACAAGGCUUCCAAGAAGAUGACCACCUUUUGCUGAGAUUUAAGUACUACUCCUUUUUUGAUCUAAACCCUAAGUAUGACGCAGUGAGGAUAAACCAGCUGUUUGAGCAAGCGCGUUGGGCUCUUCUACUAGAGGAAAUUGACUGCACUGAAGAGGAAAUGUUAAUGUUUGCUGCAUUACAGUACCAUAUCCACAAAGUGUCAUUAUCAGCUGAUGCUUUUGAGUCAACAACUGAUGGGGAAACAGAUGAAAUUGAAGCUGCUCUAUCAAAUCUAGAAGUUGCGCUAGAAGGAGGAAAAACAGACAGAUUACUGGAGGAUAUCACAGACAUACCAAAACUAGCAGAUAACCUGAAGCUUUUUAGGCCAAAAAAGUUAACUUUAAAAGCCAGCAAGCAGUACUGGUUUGUUUUUAAGGACACAUCCAUAUCCUACUUUAAAAAUAAGGAAGCAGCACAUGGGGAGCCUGUCGAAAAGCUAAAUCUUAGAGGAUGUGAGAUUGUGCCAGAUGUGAAUGUUGCACAGAAGAAGUUUGGCAUUAAAUUAUUAAUCCCAUUUGCAGAAGGAAUGAAUGAAGUUUGGUUAAAAUGUGAUAAUGAAUCCCAGUAUGCCAAAUGGAUGGCGGCCUGUGUUCUUGCUUCCAAAGGGAAAACAAUGGCAGACAGUUCCUAUCGACCUGAGGUCCACAAUAUACUGUCAUUUUUAAAGCUAAAAAACACAAAUACUACUUCUCAAGUGCCAUCUAAUAUAGAAAAUGUGGACAUCAAACCCGAAUGCUUUGUUUCACCAAGAUAUUCAAAGAAAUACAAAAGCAAACAGCUGGCUGCUCGCAUUUUGGAGGCGCAGCAGAAUAUAGCGCAAAUGUCUCUUGUUGAAGCCAAAUUAAGGUUUAUACAGGCAUGGCAGUCUCUCCCUGAAUUUGGCCUGGCCUACUACAUUGUUAGGUUCCGAGGCAGCAAGAAAGACGAUCUGCUUGGCGUCUCACACAACCGACUUAUAAGGAUCGAUAUUGCAACAAAAGACCCUGUUACAACCUGGAGAUUUGCCAACAUGAAACAGUGGAAUGUAAACUGGGAAAAACGAGAGGUUGCCAUUGAAUUUGACCAGAACAUUGCCAUUGCAUUCACUAGCCAGAGUGCAAACUGCAAAAUUGUUCAUGAGUACAUAGGCGGAUAUAUAUUUCUGUCAACUCGUUCGAAGGACCAAAAUGAAACCCUGGAUGAAGACCUCUUCCAUAAAUUAACUGGAGGUCAGGAGUAAGGGACAGUGAUAUCAUUCCAAGUUCAAGGACUUGCCAAGUAAAUGAACAUUUGAAUGUAUUUUAUCACUGCUCCAGCACCGGUAAUUUUAACGUCCAGGUUUUGAUUCCUCUUCAUGUGAAUGCAUUGUUUUUAUUAGUCAUUGAACUCCAGAGCAUACCGAGUCCGAGAGUCCGGUAUCUGUUCUAUAUGCAGCUAGAUUCUACAAGGAGCAAUAGCAAGGUUACACUCGCCAAUAUACAUGAAUAUACAAGGAUUACAUAUUGCGGCAGAACCAGGAGGAAGCAGUUUUCUUAUGAUCUUUUAACUUCCUGCUCAAAAGCCUGUAAAGCAAAAAGCUUAACUCCACAUUGAUGACAUAGUACAGGAAAAUGUAUAUUGAUUAGUGCUACUGUAUUAUUUGUCCACUCUGUAAAAUAAACAAGUCAACAAUAUUCUCUCA